AUGACAGGCCGUUUAGGGGCCGAUCCCAGCUUUGGACAGAAACGGUCAGAUCCUUAUAAGUCGACUUCUUACUGGCAGGAGGAAGAGGAUACAGAUGAUUACGGCUCUGGAGGGCGGGGGUUGGGGGUGGGGGGGUAUGUGGGGGGUGGGGGGGUAUGUGGGGGGGGGGGGGGGCAGUUAGGGACCGGGUGUUGGGACUCCUGGGUCUGGAGCGCUCUCUCUCCGCCCCGGCCUGACCACUACCACAUGUGCCCGGAUCAAACAGAGAAAGGAGGACGUCUCGGUUUCACUGUGGUCCGACACACGCCACCCGGGGGACACUACCGCUGCUGGACAGAAGCACUGAGCAAAGGUACAGAGCAAAGAGAGAGGCGUCGGGAGGACCUCACGUUCCCAGAGAGAGGCGUCGGGAGGACCUCACGUUCACAGAGAGAGGCGUCGGGAGGACCUCACGUUCCCAGAGAGAGGCGUCGGGAUGACCUCAAGUUCAGAGAGAGGCGUUGGGAGGACCUCACGUUCCCAGAGAGAGGCGUCAGGAUGACCUCACGUUCACAGAGAGAGGCGUCGGGAGGACCUCACGUUCCCAGAGAGAGGCGUCGGGAUGACCUCAAGUUCAGAGAGAGGCGUUGGGAGGACCUCACGUUCCCAGAGAGAGGCGUCGGGAGGACCUCACGUUCCCAGAGAGAGGCGUCGGGAGGACCUCACGUUCACAGAGAGAGGCGUCGGGAGGACCUCACGUUCCCAGAGAGAGGCGUCGGGAUGACCUCAAGUUCAGAGAGAGGCGUUGGGAGGACCUCACGUUCCCAGAGAGAGGCGUCAGGAUGA